AUGCCGACAGUAACUUUACCACCGAAAGAAAACGCCCUGUUCAAGAGGAUUCUGCGAUGCUACGAACACAAACAAUACAGAAAUGGCCUCAAGUUUUGCAAGCAAAUUCUGUCCAACCCCAAGUUUGCAGAGCAUGGCGAGACUCUGGCCAUGAAGGGUCUCACACUGAACUGUUUGGGGAAAAAGGAAGAGGCCUAUGAUCUGGUGAGGAGGGGCCUUCGAAACGACCUCCGGAGCCAUGUCUGCUGGCACGUGUACGGACUCCUGCAGCGCUCCGACAAGAAGUACGACGAGGCUAUCAAAUGUUACCGGAACGCUCUGAAAUGGGACAAGGACAACCUGCAGAUCCUCCGGGACCUGUCGCUACUGCAGAUCCAGAUGAGGGACCUGGAGGGCUACAGGGAGACGAGGUACCAGCUCCUGCAGUUGAGACCAGCGCAAAGAGCCUCGUGGAUCGGUUAUGCCAUUGCUUAUCACCUCCUCGAAGACUACGAAAUGGCAGCGAAGAUUGUGGAAGAGUUCAGAAAAACGCAACAGACGUCGCCAGACAAAGUGGACUACGAGUACAGUGAACUGCUGCUUUACCAGAACCAGGUGCUGAGAGAGGCCGGUCUGAACAGAGAAGCCCUCGAGCAUCUUUCCACCUACGAGAAGCAGAUCUGCGACAAGCUGGCCGUGGAGGAGACGAGAGGGGAGCUUCUUUUAAAAUUGGAGCGUUACGAUGAAGCGACAACUGUUUACCGACGCCUGCAGGAGAGGAACCCGGAGAAUUGGUCUUAUUACCACGGUCUGGAAAAUUCUCUCAAGCCAACGAGCGCAGAAGAGCGAUCAAAGAUAUACGAGGACGCCUGGGAGAAGUUUCCUAAAGGACUAGUCCCUCGAAGACUGCCGCUAAACUUUCUAUCUGGGGACCGCUUCAGGGAGUGUUUGGACCGAUAUCUCAGGAUGAACUUCAGUAAAGGGUGUCCGCCCGUAUUCACCACUUUAAAAUCACUGUACAACGACAAAGAAAAGGUUGCAAUUAUUGAAGAACAGGUGGUCAGCUACGAGACGACAUUAAGAACCUGUCGAAUGUUCAGUCAAAACGACGAUGGCAAAGAGGAGCCGCCCACCACUCUGCUCUGGGUGCAGUACUUCUUGGCUCAGCACUUCGAUAUGAUCGGACAACAGACGCUGGCCCUCGAGUACAUCAACACAGCCAUCGAAAGCACGCCAACUCUCAUUGAACUCUUUCUCAUAAAGGCCAAGAUCUACAAGCACGCGGGGAACAUCAAAGAGGCGGCUCAGUGGAUGGACGAGGCGCAGGCCCUGGACACUGCCGACAGAUUCAUCAACUCAAAGUGUGCCAAGUACAUGCUGAAGGCUGGCAUGGUGAAAGAGGCGGAGGAAAUGUGCUCAAAGUUCACACGGGAGGGGGCAUCGGCGGUGGAGAAUCUCAAUGAGAUGCAGUGCAUGUGGUUUCAGACAGAGUGUGCACUCUCCUACAAGGCCAUGAACAAAUAUGGAGACGCCCUGAAAAAGUGCCAUGAAAUUGAGAGGCAUUUUGUGGAGAUCACAGACGACCAGUUUGACUUCCACACGUACUGUAUGAGGAAGAUGACACUCCGAUCUUACGUAGACCUUUUAAAGCUGGAGGACGUGCUCCGGAUGCAUCCUUUUUAUUACAAGGCCGCCACCACCGCCAUUCAAAUCUACCUGAACCUUCACGACAAUCCCCUUACGGACGACAGCAAAGAACUACAGGCAGACACUGCUAAUCUGUCAGAUAAAGAACUGAAAAAGCUUAGGAACAAACAGCGGAGAGCCCAGAAGAAAGCGCAGCUAGAGGAGGAGAAGAAAAAUGCAGAAAAAGAGAAGCAGCUCAAAAACCAAAAGAAAAAGAAAGAGGAUGAUGACGAGGAAAUCGGAGGUCCCAAAGAGGAGCUCGUCCCCGACAAACUGGUCAAGGUAGAAAAUCCACUGGAGGAAGCUGUGAAGUUCCUGAUGCCUUUGAAGCACCUGGUCAAAGAGAAGAUUGACACACACUUACUGGCCUUCGAGAUCUACUUUAGGAAAGAAAAGUACCUCUUGAUGCUGCAGUCUGUAAAGAGAGCGUUGGCCAUUGAUUCCGACCAUCCGUGGCUGCACCAGUGUCUUGUUCGCUUCUUUAAAGGAGUCUCUGAAAGCAAGGAUCUAGCAGAUGUUGUCCGGACGGUUUUGAAACAGGAGAUCACCCGGUUGUUUGGGGACAGUAAUGCUAAGAGCUUCAACCAGGCCUACCUCACUAAACAUGGCAACUCCAUACCACACAGGCUGGCUGCUGCCAAAAUGAUGGUAUAUCUGGAUUCAUCUAUGGAAACUAAAGCCGCAGAGUUGGCUACAUCACUUGACGAAUCGCUUGAGAACCGAACCAUUCAGAUCUGCACAGAGACCUUGGAGAACCUCCGGAACGGUGGCUUGGGCGACUGCAAGGAGCGAACAGAGUCUUAUCGCGCAGAGUGUCACAAGCUUUACCCCUACACGUUAGCUUUCAUGCCCCCCGGCUACGAGGAGAACGCCAAGAUUGCCAACGGAGACCUUUCCACUGAGCCGGAGGAACUCGGCAACGAGAUGUGA